CCUUACCUUGACCACAACGCGCACCUUGGCUUGUUCGCGUGUCUAGAUCCUCACCGCUCGUUCACACGAUCUUGACACAACCAACCCGUUCUGAACCUGGGGGCGGGGGCAAAAAAGAAAAAAUAUGCCUACUUAUAUCCAUCUCGUCCGUCACGCGCAAGGCGUCCACAACCUCUGCGCCGAGAACCAUGCACUCCCCGACCCGGAUCUCACCCCGCUCGGAAAGGAGCAGUGCGCCCAGCUGGCCAAGACGUUCCCCUACCAAGGGCAGCUCACCCACCUCGUGGCCUCGCCGCUCCGGCGCACCAUCUACACCUGCCUGCUGUCCUUCGAGCCGGCCCUGCGGGCGCGAGACUCGUCCCUCGUCCGGAGGACGGUGGUCGCCCUGCCGGACGUGCAGGAGGUGUCGGCGAGCCCGUGCGACACGGGCUCGGACCCGUCCGCGCUGGCGGCCGAGUUCGGGCCCGGCGGGCAGGUCGACCUGUCGCUGGUGGCGCCCGGGUGGAACGUCAAGACGGGCGGCAGCGCCUUCGCGCCCGUCAUGGACCGGCUCGAGGCCCGCGCCCGCCGCGCCCGCGCCUGGCUGCGCGAGCUCGGCCGCCGGUUCGAGGCCGCCCACCCGGGCCGCGACGCCCACGUCGCCGUCGUCACCCACGGCGGCUUCCUCCACUUCCUCACGCAGGACUGGGACGGCAUGAACCCCCAGGCCGGGACGGGCUGGGCGAACACGGAGUGGAGGACCUACGUGUUCGCGGAGGAGCAGGGGCAGGACGGCGCCGGGGGGGACGAGGGGCAGGCGAGGCUGCGGGAGACGGACGCCAGCUGGAGGAGGAGGAGGGGCAGCGCCGCCCCGCUGACUGAGACGGAGCAGAUGGAGCUGAGGUGUGCGGUGGAAGGACGGUUGAGGGAGGAAUGGGGUGGUGGUGGUGGUGAUGGUGAUGAUGAUGAGGAGGAGGAGGAGAAGGCGCAAAAGAAAUGAAUGAGUGAAGGGAAGCGUG